CGAGGAUCCCUGACACUUCAGAGAGCUUGCACAGUGCAGACAGAGGGGAUGUUGUUUUUCCAACAGCCAGCAGUGUGCUCAGAAGUGGGGAUUAUGACAGUCUUGUAGGGGAAUUAAGACAUACAGAUGGCUGCUCUCAUGUGAUGCCAGGUUUCACCCUGGUCAGCAACAAGGGGGAUGUUGAAGACGUCAGCCAGCACUGCUUGGGCUGAUAGUAAACUUGUUUUGGAGAUGGGAUGCAGUAACUAGUGUAGUUCAUAUUGUACUCUGGAUUUGUGGCUGUGUAAGACACAAUAUGGACGAACUCCCCUGGAACAGAUAAAGAGUGAAGGAUAGAGGAAGCAAGAGAAGACAGAAGCAUUUCAACAGAGAGAAAGUACUUAUCACCGACAUACACCGCACGUCAUGUCCACCUCGAUAAAGCAGGAGAGAACCAUUUGUGUUCUCCUCCCCAACAAAGACCAGCUGGACAUCGCUGUCGGGCCAAAGUCCACGGGGCAGGAUGUUUUUUAUCGUGUGGCAGAGCUUCUUGGAAUCAAAGAGCUGCACUUCUUUGGCCUCACGGUGGUGAAGGACAAUGAGCACAUAUUUUUAGAUAUGGAGGAGAAACUGACUAAGUACUUUCCUAAGGAAUGGAAGCAGGAUUCAGGAAAGGGAUUACAGAGGAGACCGUUGCCUCUAGUGCUCUGCCUCAAAGUGCAGUACUACAUAGAAAAUGGUAGACUCAUUUGUGAGCGAAAGGCACGGCAUCUCUACUACUCUGACUUGCGGGAGCGGGUGCUUCGCUCUGAAUGUCGUCAGCAGGAGGAGGUGUACUUCCAGCUGGCAGGUUAUGCCUUGCAGGCUGACCUCGGUGACCACCCACUGCCCAGGGAGGAUAUGGAGAUCACUCCUUACUUUGAACCCAAGGAGUACUUUCCCCCUUGGAUUGUAGCUAAGCGCGGAGUAGACUAUCUCCUCUGCCAUGGGCCCAAGGUGCAUCAGGAGCAGUGGGGCAUGUCUGCUCGUGAUGCCAUCCUGCUCUUCAUCAGGGAGUCAUGUCGACUGGAGGAUGUCCCUGUCACGUUUUACAGACUGCAAAAGGACAAAAAGGCAGAGAGAGGAACGGCGUUGCUCGGUCUGACCCUGCGAGGAAUGCAGGUUUAUCAGGAGGUGAACAACCUGCGACAGCUGCUUUAUGACUUCCCCUGGUCAAAUGUGGGACGUCUUACUUUCCUGGGUAAGAAAUUCGAGAUCCAGCCAGAUGGCUUGCCAUCCGCCAGAAAGCUGGUUUACUACACUGGGUCGUCUUUCCGCUCUCGUCACCUCCUCCUGCACUUGAGCAGCAGCCAUCGCAUCUACCUCAGCCUCCAGCCUGCCCUCAAACACCUACGCCAGCUGGAGGAGAGCGAAGAGAAAAAACGUUACAGAGAGUCAUACAUCAGUGAUGACCUGGACUUGGACCCCCCCGGCAGUGAGAGCAGCCCCGGCCUGUCCCGACACUCCACCAGCAGCUCUGGAAUCGAAGCUGACGCCCGCCAACACAGCAUCUCCACAGAGAUGGCCUCCAUGGAGGAGGAAGGUCAACGGCGAGCAGAGAAGUGUUUCAGCUCAGCGGCCAGCCAUGGCAGCUCCUGUACCUCUGGGUUUGACACAGGCAGUAAGGCUCGAAUAGAAGAUGAGGGAUGGCAAGAGGAAGAGCUCAAGACCAGUGUUGGAAGCCCCAAGGAGGUUCUCGUGGAUGAUCCUGAUGAGAUGUUCCAGUUAGCUGAUCUUCUUGAAGGGGUGUCAGUGGAUUGUGCACAACUCUCCUUAGAGACUCACUCACCAGUGGGCUCUACAGAAAACAAAGUGUGCCUCCCAGCCAGUGAUGAAGAUCUCGGGAAAUUGCGUAACAAGGAUAUGUUAAAACAGAUGCUGAAAUCUAGGACACAAGUUUGUGUGGAUCGGCACAGCCACAGUCUAGAUGAUGUACGUCUGUUCCCACCUCCGGCCCCCCUGGGGACGACACUGCCACCUGAUUCCUCCCACAGCUAUACCUUUGGGCUCCCAGAUGUCUCAACAAACAAAAAGACCCCUGUUGAUCACACUCAUUAUUCCCUUUUGCACUGCCAAGCCAAACCUUCUUUCUAUGGCCGCAGGUCUACCAACUGCCUGUCCCUGGACAUGUUAGGUGAUGAACAGUUCCUAGAAUUCAUACUUUAAACAUGUCAAGCAUCUACAAAUACGCCUGUUCUCUUCUUUUAUAUACAGGGCAACUUAAUGUGUAGGUUGCCAACGUAUGAAUGUCUCAGUGUUUUCUGUGAGGGGACGAUGACAGCCGAGGGAUGUGUGUGCUUCAAAUUACAGAGAGACGUCUCAUUCUUCUUAGAAACGCUGUGGAUUAUAUGACAGCAACAUUUCAAUCAGUAAACAGAGCAUAUUUAUUAAUGUUGUAUAUUGUGUACAUACUACUUGCACUAUUUUAUUACAUUUCAUUUUCUUUGAGUGAGAACAUUUCUAAUCAAUUUUAUUGUCUUUUUGUAAAGUUCACGUCUUUUGUAAAGUUUUUUCAUUUUAUUUUAUGAAAUAUUGGAAUGGGUAACGUUUGACAUUUUUAAGCCAUGCAGUCGGGCUGCAUUGGACAUUCAUAAAAUGGGACUUACUUUCCUUUCCAUUACCCUAUUUGCUAAUGUAAACACUUCCUUGUUUUAUUCAGAAGAAUGUCCAGAAGCCACAGUGCUAAUGUUUGUGCUACUGUAUUCUUCUGUUUUCUUUUUUUUUUUUAAAUCUUAUUUUAUCAUAUACUCUAUUUUUGUAUAGUGUGCUCUGUCAUGCUUUUCCUAUUAGUCUGCCACAGCAAUGUAGCUGCCGAUGUGGAAAAUUGAACCUCUUUACAGCUGGUAAUGCAUUCAUCCAAAGCUUCCCCAUUCUAUACUCUCCUCCUGCUGUCGUAAUUACAACUGAAAAGUAUUAUUUGUAUAGCACUAUUUCUGUAACCAGCAAGUGUAUAAUGAAUCUGCAGUAUUUUUGUAUUAUGUAACCCCCAAACAAAGAGACCCUCUGUCUGGGUUCUCUCGGACAUUAUUUUCACUGUUUUGUAAAUGAUAAUUGCUAUGCAAAAGACUUCUUUAACCAGUAUGAACUCACUCGUCAUCAAGCACAGGAAAAAACUUUCAUUCAAUGCCAAUAACGUACGAACAACUUUCAGUGUUAAUCCACAAUACUGAAUGAGUCAUUUUUAUCUGAAGCAAUGUUUUUUUUGUUUUUUUUAUCAUAGUCAAAAUAAAUUCUUAAUGCUACUAAAUGAAA